AUGUCUACCACUCUCAACCUAAAUAAUACGUCCACCAACGGCGAUGACGACGUGUGGUUUGAUGCUCCUGAAGAGCUAUUUGAGGAUGCUUUGGAAAGCCAUGAUGAUGACAUGCUGAGGUGGAAGGUACGUUGAUCUCUUGAUCAUUAGGAUUAUAUUUGUCUGUUGCUAAUACUUCUCCAGGAGCUACACGCAUAUGUUCCCAAUCCUGAAAAGGGCCAUAAUCCGGAGCUUCCAACCAUUGCCCUACAAAAGAAGAUUUCGGCUUUCUAUUAUCAAGAGCAGACUCCUUUCGAAGAACAUGAUCCAAAUCUUCAAGAAAUUUUCAGAAUCGAAGAAGCUCUCGGCACUUUACAGACUAAUCAUUCGAAUGCCAUCGAAAAAGAGGAUAGGAAGUUCAUCUCCAUCCUUUCACGAUUCGACAAGGCGAUUAAUCAAGCAUCUCGCCCUGAAAACCCUCGUACGGAUGCGGAUCUCAAGAAGGUCAGACACUGGUAUACCACUAGAUUGAAUGAGAUCACGAGGACCCAGGAACUUUUGGAGAGGGAAUACUUGGUCGAGUAUAAGGGACUCGAAAUGCAGUUUAUUGCUAUUGAAAACGAAUGGCAUGCGAACCAAAAGUCACUAGCCGAGCAUAAUGAAAUGAUUGCGGACCAUCUAGUAAUGGAAGAUCGUGUUCGCUGGGGUUUAAGAAGACAAAAACAACUCGAGCAUCUUAACUAUGAGAUGCAGGAUCUUUCCAAUGAGCAGUGCCUUAAGAUUCAAGAGCUUGAAUUUGAGGCUAAGAAAUUACAACAAGAAAACUACAAAAAUUCGUUCAUUACUCAACAGAUCAUUAUUCAGGGAGAGGGGCAAAUACUUGUUGAAGCAAGCAACAUUUAUGCACGCUAUCAACAGAUCUACCAACCCGUCAGACUACCGGAUUUUGAGGUUUAUGCCAGGCAGGACGGGAUCGUGAUGAUGCCAGAUGGUCAACAACAAUGGGUCGACUACAACAGCUACUACAACGAAGUAGAAUAUGAAGGAGACGAAGGCCGAUUUUACGCUUUGUACUCGCGGGAUCAAAAUAAGAGAGCAUUCGCCCACAAGAAAUUUACUCUAGAUAUUAAGAAAAGAUUUUCUGAUGAGGCAGAGCAGGCAGCCAAUCCAUUGCAGGACAACCACGAUUUUAUUCAGAACUGGAUGGUACCAAUACCUAAUCCCCUCGAGUUUACUCAAAAUAGCUCCGCAGCGAACGACAUAUCUGGCGAGAGUCAUUCUGGAAAGCGCGCUUUUGGGGAUUACGCCGAGGAUGAAGAAGUUGAAGGACAUGGGGGCAGAAAGCGACUUCGUCCCAUAUCAGUGGUAAGUUCCCCAAAUAUCCGACUACAGCAAUAUUAGUGCUAAUGAAUAAUAAAGAUCCCUAGAAGUCCAUCGCCUCCAUGUAUGCUUGCCCAAACCUGCCAGAAAGACCCCAAUGGCAGCCAGAAGUCGUGGGAGGAACCAGGGUAUCUUGGUCACGAUGGAAAUUACUAUGGCCCCGGUUACCAAUACUACAACCACGACGGACAGUACUUUUUCUAUCCUGAAUACGUUCCAGAUCCACCCACUCCAUUAGGUGAGGUUCAGGAAACACCAAUCUACAUUGACACCAACAAUGGUGGCCCACCUCUCCGCCGUAGCACUCCACCGCCGCGACCAAGACGCGUACGCCGUCUAGCUAAACUGGCGCCACGCAAAAAGCCACGAAAGCAAAUGCGUCUGGUUCAUCCGCACUAUGACAUCCCUACUUAA